AUGGUUUCCGCCAGAGCCCAGCAGCCUGAUUCCGAAUCCUCCUCCGUGGCUGAUACACCCAUGCAUGACUCAACCCCUCAUAUCAAUCCUCGAAGGCCUUCCUUUGGGCAUCUCAAUCGCUAUGUUGAUGAUACUCCCGAUUAUACCGAUUCCGACACAAACCCAAACACUACAGCAAGUAGUAUAGCAGGCGAUACCCCUCAAGGGGACGGUCGGAAGAAGAGAUCCGAUGCCUUCAAGCUGAGAAAAAGCAUUUUGGGCAAAAAGCACGGCCAGCUUGACGAGUCAAAGGAAGAUGAUACCAUCCGGAGAUUUAAAUACCUCCUUGGCUUGACCGACUUGUUCCGCCAUUUCAUCGACACCAAUCCCAACCCCAAAAUCAGAGAUGUCAUGACCGAGAUCGAUCGCCAGAAUGCCGAAGAAGCCGCAAACGCGAAGAAGGGUGUCUCCCGCAAAGGAGGCGCCGCUGCGGCUAGUAAGCGAAAGACGGAGCAGGAAGAAGAUGCGGAGUUGUUGCGAGAUGAAAAGCGCGGGAAUGCUUCACAGACAAUCUUCCGCGAAUCCCCUUCCUUCGUCCAGAAUGGAGAGAUGCGAGAUUAUCAGGUUGCGGGUCUGAACUGGCUCAUCUCCCUUCACGAAAACGGUAUUUCUGGCAUUCUAGCAGACGAGAUGGGCCUUGGAAAGACCUUGCAGACAAUCUCCUUCUUAGGUUAUUUACGACAUAUCUGUGACAUCACUGGGCCUCAUCUCAUCGCCGUCCCCAAGUCAACAUUGGACAACUGGCACCGAGAAUUCAAGAAAUGGACUCCUGAAGUAAACGUUCUCGUUCUGCAGGGAGCGAAGGACGAUCGACAUGCUUUGAUCAAUGAACGACUAGUGGAUGAAAAGUUUGACGUCUGCAUCACCAGCUACGAAAUGAUCUUGCGAGAGAAAUCCCACCUCAAGAAAUUCGCUUGGGAAUACAUCAUAGUCGACGAAGCUCAUCGAAUCAAAAAUGAAGAGUCUUCACUGGCUCAAAUCAUCCGCAUGUUCAAUUCCAGGAACAGACUGCUAAUCACUGGAACUCCAUUGCAGAACAAUCUACAUGAGCUGUGGGCGCUGCUCAACUUCUUGCUACCGGAUGUCUUUGGUGACUCUGAGGCAUUUGACGCGUGGUUCUCGGGACAGAGUGACGACCAAGACACCGUAGUGCAACAGUUACACAGAGUACUGAGACCUUUCUUGCUCCGACGAGUAAAGGCAGAUGUUGAAAAGAGCCUCUUGCCCAAGCAGGAACUCAACCUGUAUGUUGGGAUGGCAGAUAUGCAAAUCAAGUGGUACAAGAAGAUCUUGGAGCGAGAUAUCGACGCGGUCAAUGGUGCAGGUGGAAAACGCGAAUCCAAGACUCGCUUAUUGAACAUUGUAAUGCAAUUACGAAAAUGUUGCAACCAUCCAUAUCUGUUCGAAGGCGCGGAACCUGGUCCACCGUACACAACCGAUGAACAUCUCAUCUACAAUUCGGGCAAAAUGAUCAUUCUCGACAAGAUUUUGACUCGUAUGAAGGAGGAAGGAAGUCGUGUCCUGAUUUUCUCCCAGAUGAGCAGAGUUUUGGAUAUUCUGGAAGAUUAUUGUGUGUUCAGAGGCCACCAAUACUGCCGUAUCGAUGGUGGUACUGCACAUGAAGACCGCAUUGCUGCCAUUGACGGCUACAACAAGCCAGGCUCAGAGAAAUUUGUCUUUCUUCUUACUACUCGUGCUGGCGGCUUGGGAAUCAACUUGACUAGUGCCAACAUUGUGGUUCUGUAUGACAGCGAUUGGAAUCCCCAGGCUGACUUGCAGGCCAUGGAUCGAGCACAUCGCAUUGGCCAAACCAAGCAGGUCAAGGUCUUUCGUUUUGUCACGGAAGAAGCGAUUGAGGAGAAGGUUCUGGAGAGAGCAGCGCAGAAACUGAGAUUGGAUCAGCUGGUCAUUCAACAGGGUCGUGCACAGCAACAAGUCAAGCAAGCUGCAUCCAAGGACGAACUUUUGAGCAUGAUCCAGCAUGGAGCAGAGAAGGUCUUUGAGAAAGGUGCGACAACUGAAGUCCUCGACGAUAUCGAUGAGAUUUUGCGUCGUGGUGAAGCUCGGACUGCUGAGCUGAAUGCCAAGUACGAGAAGCUUGGAAUUGAUGACCUUCAGAAAUUCUCCUCGGAAAAUGCGUAUGAAUGGAACGGUGAGGACUUCACCAAGCAUAAGAAAGACAUUGGAGUCUCCUGGAUUAACCCUGCGAAACGUGAGCGGAAGGAGCAAUUCUACUCUAUUGACAAGUACUACAAACAAGCGCUUUCAACCGGAGGUCGUCCCGCGGAAACAAAGCCAAAGGUACCACGGGCUCCCAAACAGGUCAAUGUCCAUGAUUGGCAAUUCUUCCCUCCUGGUCUUCAAGAACUACAGGAGAAGGAGACUGCUUACUACCACAAGGAAAUAGGCUACAAGGUCCCUCUAGCUGAAGGAACGGAUGAGGAUUUGAGCGAUCGUGAGGCUGACCAGCGACUCAGCCAAGAUGAAAUCGACAAUGCGGAACCAUUGACAGAAGAAGAAAAGCAGCAAAAGGCUGAAAUGCAGGAGCACGGAUUCGGAAACUGGAAUCGUCGAGAUUUCCAACAGUUUGUCAAUGGAUCAGCCAAAUUUGGACGUACCAAUUAUGAAGGUAUCUCGACAGAAGUCGACAGCAAAGAGCCCGAUGAAAUUGAGGAGUACGCAAAGGUCUUCUGGAAGAGAAACACUGAAAUCGCUGAAUUUGACAAGCACAUCAAGACCAUCGAGGCCGGUGAAGAGAAGUUGCGCAAAACUAAUGUACAACGAAAAAUGCUUCGCAAGAAGAUGGAACUCUACCGUGUGCCGUUACAACAGCUGAAAGUCAACUACACAGUCUCGACAACAAACAAGAAAGUCUACACAGAAGAGGAAGAUCGAUUCCUCUUGGUGAUGUUGGACAAACAUGGUGUGGAUGGAGAAGGCCUGUACGACAAGAUUCGAGAUGAAGUUCGAGACUCUCCGUUGUUCCGUUUCGACUGGUUCUUUCUGAGCCGAACCCCUGUGGAACUGGGCAGACGAUGUACUACACUGCUUAAUACCGUCACCAGAGAGUUCGAAGACCCAGACGAAAAGCUUACCAAUGGCCAUGCAUCUGGUAAAGGCAGAGGCCGAGACCGUGAUGAUGAAGAGGACGAAGAGAAUGACAGUGAAGUGGCACCUGUCAAGAAGAAGGUCAAGAAUGGCAUCGUGGUAUGGCAUCUAAGCGAACUCGUACAUGGAACAUUUGCUAACAUCCAACAGAAUAAGGCUGUCAAAGCUGUCAAGUCAGGACGUGGUAGCAAAAAUACCUCGCCUGCCACCUCACGUGCUCAAAGUGUUUCCUCUACGACUGCUCCCAGUCGAUCAAAGGGAAGGAAGAAGUAA